GGGGCAAAUAGAGAUUCAGAUAACGAAUUCAUACGCAGGGUGACCUAUUGUAAUGUCUGUUUUGUCAGUAGUUAUUAACAUAUCAAAGCCUUUAGCAUUGAUGAAGAAUCAGAGAGACCAUUUUUAAUCCUCACAACGUGCUGCAGUGAGAAAGUCGAUGGUGUAGUUAGAAGUUCUUCUCAAGAUGCGUUUUCUACCUUGGAAAAAAAAGAAAGGUGACGAAGAUGCUUUGCAUCCUAACAAACCGAUUGAUUCCCCUUUCACCCAGCAGAAUCUUUCUGCAUUCAGACUCGAAGUUUCAGUUUCAACGAUGCUUCCAGUGCUUCUUUGUUUUACAAUUUCAUGUAUUCCAAUUGGCAUAGUCUUUCUGACCGUCAAUAGCAAGGUUCUAGAGAAAGUUGUAGAAUAUACGAAUUGCAAGCAGUAUGAAUGUGGCAGUUCAUACAAUCCUGCCAGUGGAACAAAGAAGUAUUGUUGCAAGGUCACCUUUCAAUUGCCAGAUGAAUUCAAAGGCCAGGUUUUCAUGUACUACAAGCUGGACAAUUUCUUCCAGAACCACAGGAUGUAUGCUCGCUCCAAAGAUGAUGAGCAGUUUUAUGGAAUCGUGAAAACAACCUUGGCACCUACUUGCAAAGAACCAUUCAGGCAUAAAAAAGAAAAUUACAAAAAUAACUCUUGGAGCAUACCAGUCACCCCUUGUGGAGCUGUUGCAAACAGUCUGUUUAACGAUACCUUUAAAAUGGUGUACAUUCAGCUAGGCCCGGAUCUUGAAGUGACCAUGUCACAAAAAGAUAUCACAUGGUCAUCUGAAAAGAGCCAUAAGUUCCGCAACCCGUCUCUCAAGAACGUACAGAAUGGAACACUUUCUUCAGCACUGAGAGGGUUUGGUGCCCCUAUUAACUGGCAAAAUCCUGUCUAUCAGCUGAGCCCUUACGAGCCUGAGGAGAAUGGAUUCUUGAACAGUGAUCUCAUUGAAUGGAUGAGGACGGCUGCAUUCCCCAGCUUUCGAAAACUUCAUAGAAGGAUCAUUCACGUUGGAGCACACUUUGAAAAGGGCCUGCCUAAAGGCAACUACCGUAUGGACAUCAAGUACAAUUACCCUGUAAAAGAUUUCAAAGGCAAGAAGUAUUUUGUAUUGACGACAGCUAGUUGGCUUGGUGGGAAGAACAGUUUUCUUGGUGUCUGCUACCUCACAAUUGGAAUCAUUAGUUUCAUCUCUUCGUUUCUGGCAACAGUGAUGCACAUGAAGUCCAGAACAAGAACACAGAAAGUUGGUUCGAUUGAUAAUGGUAUAGAGUUACGUGCAAAAUAAGACAUUUUGUAAUGUUUUCUUUUAUGAAAUGGAACUAAAGCAUUAAGCAGAAUUUGAUUGCACGCAGUUUUUAAAGUAUGGGAUUUGUUAGAAUAAAUAGAGCUGGGUUUGCAUUUGAAUAAGUUAUCUGUCUUAUAAGGUAAAGGUACAGUAAUUAUAGGUAGAGUAUCAAAAAAAUUAAGUAUCGUGAAAAAUUGGUUUCAUAGACCUUUGUUUAGACCCCAGGAAAGGGGAAUAGGUGUCACCCCUAUCUGAAAUUUUUGAAUUUGCAACACCCACUGUUUAUUUUUUACUUGGCGGAAAGAAGUGCUUGAACUGAUGCUUCCAAUAAAAAGAUUGCCAUAACUUGUGAAUAAUAUAGAAACAUGUUCUUUAAAUUAGAUUUUUGGGUUCUUAGCUUUUAAUAAGCUUCAAUCUUGUAUUACGCACAAAUCUAAUGUACAGCCUGUACAUAGUGUUAUAAAACAAUAGAUAGUAUUUGCACGGGUUGUUUGCCAUGAUCAAUGGCGAUGUGUUUUGUGACUUUCAUUUAUAAAUAAGAUUUAUUGUGUCGCACUUUUUGCAUGAUAUAUUUCGUCACUUAUUGCAUAAAAUUA